UUCCCGCGGGCGCGCGGAGUGAAGACGGUGACAGCCACGCGCGCACGUGCGUGCCCGGCUGCAGCGCGGCCCCGACACCUCCCUCGGCCGCUGAGAAGCGCGCGGGGUCUGGGCCGCCGGCGUCUAGGGGCCCCGUCCCCGGGCGUCACCAGCGUUCCCGGCCCGAGUCCCGGAGAGCCGGGCCGUGCCCGCCCCGUCGGUCCCCCCGAUCGCGAUCCCUUACCGUGGCCGUCAGGGCCCGUCCCCAACUCCCAUUUCGGUUCCCGGGGCAGGGUCCUCGCGGUCCAUGCUGGCCGCUGGGGGCCCGCGCCGCUCAGUCAGCUCCCGGGCCGGCCGGCCGGCCACCAUGGUGGCCCUGAGGCCUGUGAGGCUCCUCCAGGGAGGCUAAAAGGUCCAGAGCGCAGGCCUCAGGGCGCGAGGGUCCCGAACCUGAGCCCCGCGCCAUGGCCGGGGCCAUCGCUUCCCGAAUGAGCUUCAGCUCGCUCAAGAGGAAGCAGCCCAAGACGUUCACAGUGCGGAUCGUCACCAUGGACGCGGAGAUGGAGUUCAAUUGCGAGAUGAAGUGGAAAGGGAAGGAUCUGUUUGACUUGGUGUGCCGGACCCUGGGGCUUCGGGAAACCUGGUUCUUUGGCCUGCAGUAUACAAUCAAGGACACCGUGGCUUGGCUCAAGAUGGACAAGAAGGUGCUGGAUCAUGACGUUUCAAAGGAAGAGCCAGUCACCUUUCACUUCCUGGCCAAAUUUUAUCCUGAGAAUGCUGAGGAGGAGCUGGUUCAGGAGAUCACGCAACAUUUAUUCUUCUUGCAGGUAAAGAAGCAGAUUUUAGAUGAAAAGAUCUACUGCCCUCCCGAGGCUUCUGUGCUCCUGGCUUCUUACGCCGUCCAGGCCAAGUACGGUGACUACGACCCCUCUGUUCACAAGCGGGGAUUUUUGGCCCAAGAGGAAUUGCUUCCAAAAAGGGUAAUAAAUCUGUAUCAAAUGACUCCAGAAAUGUGGGAGGAAAGAAUCACAGCCUGGUACGCAGAGCACCGAGGCCGAGCCAGGGACGAAGCUGAAAUGGAAUAUUUGAAGAUAGCUCAGGACCUGGAGAUGUACGGUGUGAACUACUUUACAAUCCGGAAUAAAAAGGGCACAGAGCUGCUGCUCGGAGUGGAUGCUUUGGGGCUUCACAUUUAUGACCCUGAGAACAGGCUGACCCCCAAGAUCUCCUUCCCGUGGAACGAAAUCCGGAACAUCUCUUACAGCGACAAGGAGUUUACUAUUAAGCCAUUGGAUAAGAAAAUUGAUGUCUUCAAAUUUAACUCCUCAAAGCUUCGUGUUAAUAAGCUGAUUCUCCAGCUAUGUAUCGGGAACCACGACCUGUUUAUGAGGAGGAGGAAGGCCGAUUCUUUGGAAGUUCAGCAGAUGAAAGCUCAGGCCAGGGAGGAGAAGGCCAGAAAGCAGAUGGAGAGGCAGCGCCUUGCUCGAGAAAAGCAGAUGAGGGAGGAGGCUGAACGCACGAGGGACGAGCUGGAGAGGAGACUGCUGCAGAUGAAGGAAGAGGCAACGAUGGCCAACGAAGCCCUGAUGCGGUCCGAGGAGACAGCCGACCUGUUGGCCGAAAAGGCCCAAAUCACUGAGGAGGAGGCAAAGCUCCUGGCACAGAAGGCGGCAGAGGCCGAACAGGAGAUGCAGCGCAUCAAGGCCACGGCCAUCCGGACGGAGGAAGAGAAGCGCCUUAUGGAGCAGAAGGUGCUGGAGGCCGAGGUGCUGGCGCUGAAGAUGGCUGAGGAGUCCGAGAGGAGGGCCAAGGAGGCAGAUCAGCUGAAGCAGGACCUGCAGGAAGCCCGCGAGGCAGAGCGAAGAGCCAAGCAGAAGCUCUUGGAAAUCACCACCAAGCCCACGUACCCGCCCAUGAACCCACUCCCAGCCCCGCUGCCUCCUGACAUACCAAGCUUCAACCUCAUCGGUGACAGCCUGUCUUUCGACUUCAAGGAUACUGACAUGAAGCGGCUUUCCAUGGAGAUAGAGAAAGAAAAAGUGGAGUAUAUGGAGAAGAGCAAGCACCUACAGGAGCAGCUCAACGAACUCAAGACAGAGAUCGAGGCCUUGAAACUCAAAGAGAGGGAGACGGCCUUGGAUAUUCUGCACAACGAGAAUUCUGAUCAGGGCGGCACCAGCAGCAAACACAAUACCAUUAAAAAGCCUCAAGCCCAAGGCAGAAGACCUAUCUGCAUUUGAGCCCUCAAAGUAGGUUAUUCCCAGCUCACCCUGCAGAGCGCCAAGUCCCGAGUGGCCUUCUUUGAAGAGCUCUAGCAGGUGACCCAGCCACCCGAGGAUUGGCCACUUCUGCUUGCGGCACCGAUGGGAUGGGCCUGACACCGAGGGAGCCGUCCGUAGGCGGGCUGGAUGGGGGCUUCCUCGGGAGCUCUGGAGCUUUUCCUGGCUGAGCGGAGAGCCCAGCCCCCUUCAUGUGCAAUUGCCUUGAACUAUGACCCUGUAGAAGUAUCUCUCUUGGGGUUCUAGUUCUCCUGACCUGAGUCUUUAAAUUUUUUUGAGUAUUUGUCUUUCCUUAUCUAAUGUGGGAUUCCGUGCUUCCUUCAUCCAAAGCACCCUGGGGUGUGUGUCUUACUGUCCACUGCUGACCUCCCAGCCCUGUCUGGGAAGUGGCUGUAGGAAGUGAAGUACACAGCCCCCCUGGAGACCAGGAGGCUGGUGCCAUCCCUGCCCCCCACGUCCCCAGAACAUUCAUCUCCUUCACUGGUUUGGAACUGGCAUGGGAAGAAGCGUGGCCGCCCAAGCCCAGGCCCACAGCAACCUGCCUGCUACACAUCAUUGGAGAGCGAGCCAGGCAAUGGGUCUUCGGCCUAGGCACCCCUGAGGUAGCCCUCCGGCUGCCAGCUGGUGGGGAAUGGG